AUGGAGGGUUCUGAAUGUCAAGCAGUUGAAAUUGACAAGCCCAGAGAUAUUUUUCUUGGUCAAGUUGUGCAGAGCAAGGAUGAAGCUUAUAACUUAUACCAAGAACAUGGCUUCAAGAUGGGUUUUAGUGUAAGAAAAGGGAAGGAAUUGUACUAUGAUAAUGAUAAAAAGAACACACGUUUGAAAGAUUAUUAUUGUUCCAAACAAGGGUUUAAGAACAAUGAACCAGAAGGAGAAAUCGUAGGUGAAGUUGCUUAUCAAAGGGCUGAUUCAAGGACAAAUUGUAAAGCAAUGGUGCGAUUUAAUGUUAGCAAGGAUGGAGAAUGGCGAAUUACUAAGUUGAUAAUGGAUCACAACCAUGCUUUGGUGCCGCUCGAGCAAAGACAUUUGUUACGCUCUAUGAGAAAAGUAUCAGAAACCAAAGGAGGUCUCAUAAAGUCUAUGGUUAACGCUGGUAUGAAAGUUACUCAUGUUUGGAGUUAUUUAGGAAAAGAGGUUGGUGGAUUUGAUAAGCUUGGCAUGACAAUGAAAGAUGUGCAUAAUUUUGUCUACACUGAAAAGAGUAAAUUAAUUAAAGGUGGAGAUGCCCAAUCUUUAAUCAAUCACUUGCAAAAUAGACAAGCACAAGAUGCCAUGUUCUACUAUAGUGUGCAGUUAGACCAAGAAUCACGUUUAACCAAUGUGUUUUGGAGAGAUGGUAAAUCCAAAGUUGAUUAUGAUUGUUUUGGAGAUGUUGUGGUUUUUGAUACCACUUACCGUACUAAUACAUAUGAUUUGAUAUGUGCUCCUUUUGUUGGGGUAAAUCAUCAUUUGCAAAAUGUUAUGUUUGGUUGUGCUUUGUUAUCUGAUGAAACUUCUGUUUCUUUUAAUUGGCUAUUUAAAGUGUUUUUGGAGAGCAUGGGAAAUAGACAACCAAAAACAUUUUUUACAGAUCAAGAUGGAGCCAUGGCCAAAGCAAUCGGAGACGUAAUGCCAAAUACAUGUCACCGUUUAUGCUUAUGGCAUAUAUCUAAGAAUGCACCUUCUCAUUUUGGUGAUCUUAAAUCUGAUCAAAAGUUUCAAGGUUUGUUUUGGAAAUGCAUGUCAGGCUGUGAUUCAAAAGAAGAGUUUGAAAGCACUUGGAGUUAUAUGAUUAAUGAGUACAAGCUUCAAAAUCACAAGUGGUUGAAAAGCAUGUAUAAAAUUCGCCAUAAAUGGAGCACUGCAUAUAGCAAGGAUGUGUUCUCUGCUGAUAUCAAGUCAUCUCAAAGAAGUGAGAGUACAAAUAGUGUUUUAAGUGCGAUUGCCGGAGCAACAACCAGUCUCAGUCAUUUCUUAUUAGCAUUUGAAAAAAUGGUAAACAAGUGGCGACAAUUAGAGACUGAAAAGGAAUUCAAAAAUAGCCAAAGUAUGCCUCCCCGCAUCAUUAAUAUCAGUGAGACUUUGAGACAAGCAUCUAUGAUAUACACUCACAAGACUUUCAAACUUUUUUUGAAUGAGUAUCUUGCUGAAACGGGUGGAAGUACUUCUAAAGACAUUGGAGAAUCUGAUAAUUUGUCAUAUCAUGAAGUGAGUUCAAAUCAUAUGCCUAAUAAGAAACAUAUGGUAGUAUUUGACUCCUCUGCUGCAAAGAUCAGUUGUAGUUGUCGAAAGUUUGAUUCAAUGGGCAUUCUUUGUAGUCAUGCUUUGCGAAUUUACAACAUCAAAGGUAUAUUAAAAAUACCUGACCAAUACUUUCUGAGAAGAUGGUCAAAAAAAGCAAGGGCUGUGAUUUAUGAUCACAUAGAUGAGAGUUCAAAAGAAAAUUCUAUCUCAGAAAAUGCAAUGAACAAUGGUGGUGAUUCCAUGAUCCUUUAUCGCAAUGCUAUUAUGAAGUUUUUUUAUAAUCUAGUUUUGGAUAGCCAGGAACACAAAGAAACUCAACAAAUCAUGUGGAAAUUGGUUUAUGGUGGAGUUAAGAGUGUGCACCAAUGCAUCAAUGAGCUCAAUUUGAUUUCAAAAGCAACAACUAGUGAGAAAAAAUUCACUCAAAAUGAGGAUAGUGAUCACAUUGCAAUUUAUAAUCCUCGCCGCGCAAAAAUUAAAGGAAUGUCUAAUACUCAUGAAAGGGCAUUUUGA